GCGCGUCGGUGCGUGUGCGCGCAGGCGGAGGAUCGCCGAGCCGAGCCGUUCCGUGCAGCAGGCACAAGCCGCCAGGCGCGCAGGAGGAGCCGCGAAACACUCAGCAGCCGCGACUUGAACCGAGGAGCUUCGGAACUUCACCGUCCGCGAGGUCAGAGAUCCAAGAUGGGAGGCAAGCUCAGCAAAAAGAAGAAGGGAUACAAUGUAAACGACGACAAGGCCAAAGACAAGGACGCCAAAGCGGAGGGGGCGUCCGCCGAGGAGAGCGAAGCUCCGAAAGACAACAAAGACGAGGCCCCGGCCGCCACCGACGCCAAGGAGGUGGCCAACGACACGGCCGCCAAGGAGGCGCCGGCGGCCGACGCCGCCGCGCCCAAAGAGGAGGAGAAGAACGCCGCCCCCGCUGCUAAAGAGUCCGAGAAGCCGGCCGCCAACGCCGAGCCCAAAGCGGAGGCCCCCAAAAGCGCCGAGCCCCCCAAGGCCGAGGAGAAGCCCCCCGCCCCCGCCCCGGCCAAAGAGUCGGCCGCCGCCGCCAAGGAGCCCGAGGCCAAGGCCGCCGCGCCCGAGAGCAAAGAUGAGGCCGACGCCAAAAAGACUGAGGCCCCGGCGGCGCCGGCGGCCAAAGCCGAGGCGGCCCCCGCCGCCUCCCCCGACCCCAAGCCCACGGAGGCGGCGACUCCCGCGCCGCCGAAGGAGGCCGCCGCCGCCGCGCCUAGUUCAACACCAGCUGCCGAGCCUCCCGCCAAGGAGGCCAACGCCACGGAGGCACCAAGCAAGGAUCAAACCGUAGCAGUUCAAGAUUAAUGGACAGCUUCUUUUCGGAAAUGAAGAAUUAAAUUACCUAACUCAACAACGACGAAGAUUUAAAAAAAAGAAGAAGAUGAAGAUGAAAUUUACUAGCCCACCCAUAAUACGAUGAUAACAAUAAUAAUAAUAAUUGUAAUGAUGAUAAUUGGUUGAACGAGGAGGACUGGAACAACCACUGGAGAAGUUUCCCACCGCUGCAGAUGAUUAUUGCUAUUAUUAUUGUUACAUUUUAUUCUAUUUUUUUCUGCUGUAGUCUUUGAACUUUGAUACGAGUCUGUCGGCCAUCGCCUCGCCAUCCUGCGCCGUCGUUCCCGUCCCCUCCGGCCUGGUGCCUCCAGUGUCUCGGUGAUGUGGGCUUGUGGUCGUGGGUUUUGAUUUUCUUUAUUAUUCUUUGCUCUCCAGCUCAUCCUCCCUCGGCUUCCUGGUAUUGUUGAGUUGUGUUGCGACCCAUUUGCCCCUCGUCAGCCCACCCCUGAGCCCCCGGGAUGAGAGCUGUCCGCCUUUCUAAGACCGUUCUAAAGCUUGAAAGAGGCUGGCUUUGCAGAACAAAACACAUUCUUAGAUGUAUUUAACAGUGUAGGAUUUUUUCACAUAAACUUCUACAUUUUGUACUGAAACCCUUAGGUAUAUUGUUAGUAAACUAAGUGGUUUUUUAACAUUUGUAAUGCCUAUAAGUCUGCAAAGCCCUGCUGAAACUAGGAUCUUUACAAUGCUCUUAGAAAGUUUAGUGCAAACCUCUGAUCCUCCACCUAAAUCUUGCCCUAAAUUAAAGUUAAAAUAAGGAUCUUACCAUUUAAAAGAAACAUAUCUCUUGCUGACCUCGGGGAGAUAGGUGGUACAAUCACGUCGUAGAGAUUGCUGGAACUUGCUUAUCACACCAAGAAGGGGACGUUUACAAUUUCAUGGGUAGACUUCAGAUACUGGAAGACCAGUUGUGUCUUUCCGAAGGUAAAAAAGACUCAACUUCGCUCUCAAACAUCCUGCGAUUGUCCUUUUCUGAAUCCUGUUGUUGGAAAAAGAAGAACAACAAGCAGGCGUGCAGGAUAGAAGCUUUCUUAGGAGCAACACGUCCGACUUCGACAAAUUCAGCUGUAAAACCAGAAUAAUGUUGUAAUUAAAUAUUUGAAUCUGCCUCAGUCCAGUCGCUCGAUCCACUAAGAGCUCCGAAACCUCGUCCUCUUGGUGUGAAAACGUUCCAGAUCCAGAUCUGUAGCCGCGUUUUGAGUCAGUGUUGCUUUCCGUCAGAAGACCAGGAAAAGGGAGAUUUUCGCUAACCAUCGGCUCUGUGAUGCAAAUUCCCAAGGUAACCACAGGCGGCGCUGUCAUUAUGGGAUAGACUCUUUCAAGGGAGCCUCUGAUUUUAGUCAUUUUCUUCAUGCAUUUUUUCUUUAUUAUUACUUUUCAGAAAUAUAUAUUACAUAUAUGUGCAUCUAUGCAGUGAUGGAAGAAAAAAUAGGUUUGAUU